AUGGUGGCUCAGACCGAGACGGGCGACAGAGUGCGGGCAUUCUUCCGUGCGAUCCGAGACGCCUACGUCGAGCUGACGCAGCAAACGCAACCUGUCACGAACAGGGAGCAAGCAUACCUCGUGACAUACGACGCGAAAAAGUGCCUAUACGUUGGAGUGAUCCAGCAACAGCCUCGACGCAUUUGCAAAUUCGGACACACGGCGAAUCUCAAGGAGCGAAACAACGCGCACAAGCGGACGUUCAAGCCCCCAUACUUCUUCGAGCUGCUUCACGUAGUGGAGGUAGACGAUGCGAAGAAGGCGGAGGACAUCUUCAGAAACACCCCCGACAUCAAGAACAACAACUACCAGGUGAAGAUAGGGAACAGCGUCCAGCAGGAGACGUUCUUGAUGCCCGAGACUCUCACGGACGCGACGGUGUGCAGGGGCGG